CCUUAAACAUCACUCUUAAUUUGUUCCAAAGAAUCAAACAUGGUGAUACACAUCAUACAACACUACAAUAUUGUCAAUAUACGAAGGUCUUCGAAGAGAAGAAGUUGCAGGUUGUACCAGCCAUUAACGACCUAGAACUUUUACCUCCAAAAUCUCUAACAACCCAAACAGCACCUUCCCUCUUCUCCGUAUAAGCUCUAGACCCUUACACACACCUUACCUAUAGUUACAGUUGUGGUGUAUAUCUACACACACAGGCACACAGUAUUGUAAAACACAGGGUCUCAGCUCACAAAUGGGUUGCUCCUCCUCCCUUCCAGACAGAGGUUCUGGGCGGUUGGUUGGGCCGAAUGGGGAAAAUGGUGGAGCUGCAGACGCCAAGAAUCUGCGCGUUAAGCUAGUUUUGCUGGGUGAUUCUGGUGUUGGUAAGAGCUGUAUAGUUCUUCGUUUUGUUCGUGGUCAGUUUGAUCCCACAUCCAAGGUGACUGUUGGAGCCUCAUUCUUGUCACAGACGAUAGCUUUGCAAGAUUCUACAACAGUCAAAUUUGAGAUAUGGGACACUGCUGGCCAAGAAAGGUAUGCUGCAUUGGCCCCCCUUUAUUAUCGAGGCGCUGCAGUGGCAGUCAUUGUAUAUGAUAUAACAAGCCCGGACUCUUUCAACAAAGCACAGUAUUGGGUCAAGGAGCUGCAAAAACAUGGGACCCCUGAUAUUGUCUUGGCCUUGGUUGGUAACAAAGCUGAUCUUCAUGAGAAACGUGAAGUUUCUGUUCAAGACGGCAUGGACUAUGCAGAAAAGAAUGGGAUGUUCUUCAUUGAGACAUCUGCAAAGACAGCAGAUAAUAUUAAUCAGCUGUUUGAGGAAAUUGCGAAGCGUCUACCCCGUCCAGCUUUAUCAUCAUCCUCAUCAUCACAAAACCCGUGAAGCUGAGUACUUUGAAAAACUGUUGGUGUUUAGUUACUGUUAUUUCAAAAUUUGUGUAUAUUGUGAAAUACCGAAAGUCUGUAGCUUUUAAUUUGUUGGAACGUUAACAUCAUAAUUUGCACGAAUGAAUGACCUGGGCACCAUAGUAUAGCUUUCAUCUUUUAGGGGUGUAAGUUAACCACUUAACCUGGUGUCCCUUUGGACACAAAUACUAUCAUUUUAGGGGUGUAAGUUUCUAUACAUGGUUGUUCUGUAGUGCAUAUACAUUACAUAGACAUAGCGAUCAAACAUUUACCG